AUGUAUUAUUUACUUACUGUCAUUACGGCGCUGUCAGGCCGCCAUCUUCUUUCACAACAAACUUCUGAUGCGUGUACUGCUACAAGAGCUCUCCAAACGGCAUCAUUUGAAAGCACAAUGACAUUCAGAUGCACGACUUCCAUACUCUCUAAUCAAAAGAAAGAUGAAUGUGUUGCAAGUCAACAAAUAAUUUCUGACGAUAAAACAUCAGUGGAUACAGAAACUCUUCAUUGUCAGUCUAAUGAUUCUGACAGACAAGACAUUAGAGAUUUUGAGCCACCACAGUCUCAAACAAUUGACACUGAGAGCCGGUCUUGUGAGGAUACUCUGCCUGAUGUGACUAAAGCUAUGCCAAAAGGACCAUUAAGUAUAUUUAAACAGAAGACAUCCAUACUCAGUAAUGAAAAGAAAGGUGAAUGUGUUGAAAGUCAUCUUAUAAUUUCUGAGGCUGAGACAAUGGAGGAUAGAGAGGCUCGUAAUUUUGAGUCAAAUGAUUCUGACAAACAACACAUAAAAGAUCUUGAGCCACCACAAUCUCAAACAAUAGACAAUGAGAGCCAGACUUGUGAGGAUACUCUACCUGAUGUGACUGAACCAAUGACAAAAGGACCAUUAAGUAUAUUUAAACAGAAGACAUCCAUACUCAGUAAUCAAAAGAAAGGUGAAUGUGUUGAAAGUCAUCUUAUAAUUUCUGAGACUGAGACAUUGGAGGAUACAGAGGCUCAUACUUUUGAGUCUAAUGAUUCUGACAAACAACAUACUAGAGAUUUUGAGCCCUCGCAAUCUCAAACAGUAGACAAUGCGAGCCAGGCUUGUGAGGAUACUCUACCUGAGGCGACUGAAGCAAUGCCAAAAGGACCACUAACUUCUGAUAUUGAGGCCCCACGAUCUCAAACAGUAGAAAUUGAGAGCCGGGGUUGUGAGGAUACUCUAAAUGAUGCGACUGAAACAAUGACAAAAGGACCAUUAAGUAUAUUCAAACGGAUCAUAUCCAUACUCAGUAAUCAAAAGAAAGGUGAAUGUGUUGAAAAUCAUCUUAUAAUUUCUGAGACUGAGACAUUGGAGGAUACAGAGGCUCGUAAUCUUGAGUCUAAUGUUUCUGACAAACAACAAAUAAGAGAUUUUGAUCCCUCACAAUCUCAAACAGUAGGCAAUGAGAGUCAGGCUUUUGAGGAUACUCUACCUGAUGAGCCUGAACCUAUGACAAAAGGACCAUUAAGUAUAUUUAAACGGAUGACAUCCAUACUCAGUAAACAAAAGAAAGGUGAAGGUAUUGAAAGUCAUCUUAUAAUAUCUGAGACUGAGACAUUGGAGAAUACAGAGGCUCGUAAUUUUGAGUCUAAUGAUUCUGACAAACAACAUACAAGAGAUUUUGAUCCCUCACAAUCUCAAACAGUAGACAAUGAGAGUCAGGCUUGUGGGGAUACUCUACCUGAUGCAAGUGAAGCAGUGACAAAAGGAUCAUUAAGUAUAUUUAAACAGAAGACAUCCAUACUCAGUAAUGAAAAGAAAGGUGCAUGUGGAGAAAGUCACCUUAUCAUUUCUCAGACUAAGACAGUUGAGGAAACAGAGGCUCAUACUUUUGAGUCUAAUGAUUCUGACAAACAACAUAUAAGAGAUUUUGAGCCCACACAAUCUCAAACAGUAGACAAUGGGAGCCGGGCUAGUGAGGAUACUCUACCUGAUGUGACUGAACCAAUGACAAAAGGACCAUUAAGUAUAUUUAAACGGAUGAUAUCCAUACUCAGUAAUCAAAAGCAAGGUGAAGGUAUUGAAAGUCAUCUUAUAAUAUCUGAGACUGAGACAUUGGAGAAUACAGAGGCUCGUAAUUUUGAGUCUAAUGAUUCUGACAAACAACAUACAAGAGAUUUUGAUCCCUCACAAUCUCAAACAGUAGACAAUGAGAGUCAGGCUUGUGGGGAUACUCUACCUGAUGCAAGUGAAGCAAUGACAAAAGGACCAUUAAGUAUAUUUAAACAGAAGACAUCCAUACUCAGUAAUGAAAAGAAAGGUGCAUGUGGAGAAAGUCACCUUAUAAUUUCUCAGACUAAGACAGUUGAGGAAACAGAGGCUGAUACUAUUGAGUCUAAUGAUUCUGACAAACAACAUAUAAGAGAUUUUGAGCCCACACAAUCUCAAACAGUAGACAAUGGGAGCCGGGCUAGUGAGGAUACUCUACCUGAUGUGACUGAACCAAUGACAAAAGGACCAUUAAGUAUAUUUAAACGGAUGAUAUCCAUACUCAGUAAUCAAAAGAAAGGUGAAGGUAUUGAAAGUCAUCUUAUAAUAUCUGAGACUGAGACAUUGGAGAAUACAGAGGCUCGUAAUUUUGAGUCUAAUGAUUCUGACAAACAACAUACAAGAGAUUUUGAUCCCUCACAAUCUCAAACAGUAGACAAUGAGAGUCAGGCUUGUGGGGAUACUCUACCUGAUGCAAGUGAAGCAAUGACAAAAGGACCAUUAAGUAUAUUUAAACAGAAGACAUCCAUACUCAGUAAUGAAAAGAAAGGUGCAUGUGGAGAAAGUCACCUUAUCAUUUCUCAGACUAAGACAGUUGAGGAAACAGAGGCUCAUACUUUUGAGUCUAAUGAUUCUGACAAACAACAUAUAAGAGAUUUUGAGCCCACACAAUCUCAAACAGUAGACAAUGGGAGCCGGGCUAGUGAGGAUACUCUACCUGAUGUGACUGAACCAAUGACAAAAGGACCAUUAAGUAUAUUUAAACGGAUGAUAUCCAUACUCAGUAAUCAAAAGAAAGGUGAAGGUAUUGAAAGUCAUCUUAUAAUAUCUGAGACUGAGACAUUGGAGAAUACAGAGGCUCGUAAUUUUGAGUCUAAUGAUUCUGACAAACAACAUACAAGAGAUUUUGAUCCCUCACAAUCUCAAACAGUAGACAAUGAGAGUCAGGCUUGUGGGGAUCCUCUACCUGAUGCAAGUGAAGCAAUGACAAAAGGACCAUUAAGUAUAUUUAAACAGAAGACAUCCAUACUCAGUAAUGAAAAGAAAGGUGCAUGUGGAGAAAGUCACCUUAUAAUUUCUCAGACUAAGACAGUUGAGGAAACAGAGGCUCAUACUUUUGAGUCUAAUGAUUCUGACAAACAACAUAUAAGAGAUUUUGAGCCCACAAAAUCUCAAACAGUAGACAAUGGGAGCCGGGCUAGUGAGGAUACUCUACCUGAUGUGACUGAACCAAUGACAAAAGGACCAUUAAGUAUAUUUAAACGGAUGAUAUCCAUACUCAGUAAUCAAAAGAAAGGUGAAGGUAUUGAAAGUCAUCUUAUAAUAUCUGAGACUGAGACAUUGGAGAAUACAGAGGCUCGUAAUUUUGAGUCUAAUGAUUCUGACAAACAACAUACAAGAGAUUUUGAUCCCUCACAAUCUCAAACAGUAGACAAUGAGAGUCAGGCUUGUGGGGAUACUCUACCUGAUGCAAGUGAAGCAAUGACAAAAGGACCAUUAAGUAUAUUUAAACAGAAGACAUCCAUACUCAGUAAUGAAAAGAAAGGUGCAUGUGGAGAAAGUCACCUUAUCAUUUCUCAGACUAAGACAGUUGAGGAAACAGAGGCUCAUACUUUUGAGUCUAAUGAUUCUGACAAACAACAUAUAAGAGAUUUUGAGCCCACAAAAUCUCAAACAGUAGACAAUGGGAGCCGGGCUAGUGAGGAUACUCUACCUGAUGUGACUGAACCAAUGACAAAAGGACCAUUAAGUAUAUUUAAACGGAUGAUAUCCAUACUCAGUAAUCAAAAGAAAGGUGAAGGUAUUGAAAGUCAUCUUAUAAUAUCUGAGACUGAGACAUUGGAGAAUACAGAGGCUCGUAAUUUUGAGUCUAAUGAUUCUGACAAACAACAUACAAGAGAUUUUGAUUCCUCACAAUUUCAAACAGUAGACAAUGAGAGUCAGGCUUGUGGGGAUACUCUACCUGAUGCAAGUGAAGCAAUGACAAAAGGACCAUUAAGUAUAUUUAAACAGAAGACAUCCAUACUCAGUAAUGAAAAGAAAGGUGCAUGUGGAGAAAGUCACCUUAUAAUUUCUCAGACUAAGACAGUUGAGGAAACAGAGGCUCAUACUUUUGAGUCUAAUGAUUCUGACAAACAACAUAUAAGAGAUUUUGAGCCCACACAAUCUCAAACAGUAGACAAUGGGAGCCGGGCUAGUGAGGAUACUCUACCUGAUGUGACUGAACCAAUGACAAAAGGACCAUUAAGUAUAUUUAAACGGAUGAAAACCAUACUCAGUAAUCAAAAGAAAGGUGAAUGUGUUGAAAGUCAUCUUAUAAUUUCUGGGACUGAGACAUUGGAAGAUACAGAGGCUCAUACUUGUGAGUCUAAUGAUUCUGACAAACAACAUAUAAGAGAUAUUGAGCCCACACAAUCUCAAACAGUAGACAAUGAGAGCUGGGCUUGUGAGGAUAUUCAACGUGAUGCGACUGAAGAAAUGACAAAAGGACCAUUAAGUAAUCAUUUUGCAGUGAAGUAUGGAUUUUGGAUGAAAACCAGUCAAAAGUUACUAUUCAUGAGAAAAGUAAAAGAAAUUCAUGGUUGUAGGAGUCUGUAG